GGCCGGCCGCCCUCCGCUUCCGCCGCCGCCAUGUCGCGCCGCGUCUCGGUGUUCCCGUCCCCGCAGGAGCUGGGCCCGGCCCUGGCGCAGUUGGUGGCGCAGCGGGCGGCCGGCAGCGGCGGCCGCUUCUCGCUGGGCCUCUCGGGGGGCAGCCUGGUGGCGCUCCUGGCCCGGGAGCUACCCGCCGCCCUCCCCGGGCCCGGCGGCGGCGGCGGCGGCGCCGAGCCCUGGCUGGUGGCGUUCUGUGACGAGCGCCUGGUGCCGCCCGGGCACCCCGAGAGCACCUCCGGGGCCUACGAGGCCCAGCUGCUGCCCCGGCUCCCGGGACCCAAGCCCCGGGUGCUCACCGUCACCCCCGGGCUGUCCCCGCACGCUGCCGCCGCUGACUAUGCCGCCAAGCUCCGAGAGGCCUUUCAGGGCGACGGCGUGCCCGUCUUCGACUUGCUCAUCCUGGGAGUGGGGCCGGACGGCCACACCUGCUCCCUUUUCCCCGACCACCCCCUGCUGAAGGAGGAGGAGAAAAUCGUUGCUGCUAUUACCGAUUCUCCCAAGCCGCCGCCGGAGCGGAUCACGUUGACCCUCCCGGUGCUGAACGCGGCGCGCGCCGUGGUGUUCGUUGCCACGGGGGAAGGCAAAGCCGCCGUCCUGAAGCGCAUUCUGGAAGGCGCCGAGGAGAACCCCCUCCCCGCUGCUCGCGUCCAGCCGCACACGGGGCAGCUGCACUGGUUCCUGGACGAGGCCGCGGCGGCGGAGCUGACCGUUCCCUUCGAGAAGCAUUCCGUCCUGUAGGACCGAGCCCCUGGCCGGGUUUUUGGGAGCCGGGCGGCGGCGACCGCGGCGCCUGCUGCGUGACGUCCCGGUUCGAGGACUCCACGUCUGGUUGCCGUACUCGGGAGGGGCACGAAGCUAACGCGGGCUUCUUGUCCCCCGGGGAAGAGCCAAACCGCGCGGAGCACAGAUUUUCGUGUGAUGAUUCCUUUGGUUUGGCGUGGACCACGCGCCACGGCGGUGUCCGGGUGCGAGCGGCGGCGCCGGGGGCUGCACGAGGCGCUGGUGUCGUGCGGGCCGUGUCGCGGGUGGUCGCUGGGGCGUUAAACGGGUGCACGGCAUUAAACGAACGCAUUCCAGCUCU